AUGGCGGAGCGGGAGAUGCGGGCGAUGGUGGAGUCGGCGUGGACGAUGCUGCUGCACAUAAGCGUGCAGCACCACAGGUGGCACCUCGCUCUGCGACAGGCCGUCUGGGUCCGCAACUGCCUGGAGCGGUCGGCGACGCCGGGGACGACGCCGUACCAGCUGCUGACCGGGACGAAGCCCGACCUGUCGCUGGCGCGCGUGUGGGGCUGCAUGGCGCAAUUCCUCGUCCCCGAGCAGCAGCGCGGUGGGAAGCUGAAGCCGAAGGUGGGGCCUUCACAUCGGCGUGUCGGAGGAGAGCAAGGGGCGGACGCUGGUGGCCACGCCGACGGAUACCUCGACAGCAACACUACCGCUGCUCGCCGAGGUCGCUGGAAGGGCUCGAUGGUGAAGGCCGCCAUGGAAGGGGAGAUCCGCAGCCUCAUCAACAUGGGCACGUGUGAGCUGAUCGAACGCCCACCGGGGGUCAACAUCAUGAAAAACCCGUGGAUGUUGACGAUAAAGUACCACAUCGAUGACACCGUCGAGCGAGAGAAGACGAGACUGGUCGUCAAGGGCUUCACGCAGGUGUACGGCGCCGACUACGACAAGACGUUCGCGCCGGUGGGCAGCUACGUGACGCUGAGGAUCUUCCUCAGCAUCGUCGCCGUCCUCAACCUCAACCUGAUGCAGCUCGACAUGAAGAACGCCUUCCUGCAGAGCAAGCUCGACCGGGUGCUGUACAUGUACCAGCCGGACUACUUCAACGACGGGACCGGCCGGGUGUGCAAGCUGCUGAAGAGCCUGUACGGGCUGAAGCAGUCGCCGCUGCUGUGGUACUUGGCGCUCAACGACGUGCUGGUCGGCGCUGGCUGGAAGAAGAGCCAGGUCGACGAGGCCCUCUACUUCAAGGUCGGCGAGUUCUUGCCGGUGCAGAAGUACCUCGGGCUGGAGAUCGUGCGCGACAGGUCGACGAAGAAGCUGUGGCUGCACCAGCAGGGCUACACCGACAAGCUGCGUAGGCGCUUCAUCGACGAGGAGCAAGGUGGUCGGACUCCGAAGACGCCGGUCUCGGUCGACGCCUACGCCGAGCUCACCUUCAACAAACGAAGAGACGCAAGAGCGACAGGAGGAGGAAAACCGGGGAGAAGGUCGGCUCGCUGCUGUUCGCGGCGACGACGACAAGGCUGGACAUCGCCUUCGCCUGCAGCAAGCUGGGGAGUGGCCUCAUGGUGA